AUGAUGAGGUCUAAGAAAGAGGUACGGUUCUCAGAUACAGAUGAUUUGCAUCACUAUUCGGUUGCACGUGAUGCUGCAUCUGUUGAUGAUAUUAAAGACAAAUGGCGCAUUUUACCCUGUUAUAUGGGCAUGCGCGGGAUCGCAAGACAGCAUAUAAACUCUUACAAUAAUUUUGUUUUACGCGAAAUCAAAGAGAUCGUAAACGCGCCAAGCAACAAGAUGUUAAAGAGCGAUGCUUGUAAAAAGUUCUACAUUGAAUUUAUAGAUAUCAAUGUCGGGGAACCUUAUAUGUCGGAAAACAACAACAAACCUAUACUACUAACACCUCAACUUUGUCGUAUGCGUGAUAUCACAUACAGUGCACCGAUGUAUGUGGACGUCGAGUACUACAACGGAGAGGGUGUGGCAUCGAAACGCGUAGAGAUUGGGAGACUCCCAGUAAUGCUCCGUAGUUGUGUCUGUGCACUUUCUGGUGGUAUGCGUCGUGGUGAGGAAGUAGAUAACUUUGAGAUUUCAUCGCGGCUCGGAGAAUGCCCAUAUGAUCCUGGAGGCUAUUUUAUCAUCAAGGGUGUCGAGAAGGUGAUAUUGAUGCAGGAACAACUUUCCAAGUGCCGUGUCAUCGUGGAGACCGAUGUUAAGAAGAAUAUCUGCGCAACAGUAACCUCUGCCACUGCCGAAUCCAAAAGCAGGACUGCAGUGGUGUACAAGAACCAGAAACUAUAUGUGCGCCAUAAUAGUUUCACAGAUGAUGUCCCUUUGUGUAUAAUACUGAAAGCUAUGGGUGUCACUACCGAUCAGGAAAUAGCGCAGCUUAUAGGUACAGCGGGAGCACGUGACUUUUUACCUACCGGGGGUGAUUACAUACUUUCAUUUCAGGACCUUUACAAUGAAGGUAUUAAUACCCGCAUGGACGCAUUACUAUUCGUUGGACGCAAGGUAAGACCACGCCCUCUAGCAAAGGGGUUCUUCACUAGCUCCAAGGAGAGGAUGCCGAAAACUAACCAGAACCUUAUAGAAGAUACCCAUGAUAUUCUUACGAGGGUGCUGCUGUCACAUAUCCCUAUGCGCAAUUGUCGCGAUUUUUCUGGUAAAAUUAAGAGCCUCUGCCUAAUGGCACGCCGGGUACUUUCCGUAGCCAGUGGUAAGGAACCUAUGGACGACAAGGAUCACUAUGGUAACAAGCGUCUUGAGUUAGCAGGUCAGCUUAUAUCUAUCCUUUUUGAGGAUUUAUUUAAGGCAUUUUUGGGACAAUUAAAAAAACAGAUAGAUGCCACACUAACACGGCACUAUGAGAUUGUAUCAAACUGUCAUAGCGGGGAACAAACGAAAUAUCCAGAUUGUUUAGUUAGCCUCCCAACCGAUAUUAUUACAAGAGGUAUGCAAGCAACAAUAUCCACAGGUAACUGGAAUAUUAAACGGUUCCGUAUCGAGAGGAGCGGUGUAUCCCAAAUAUUAUCUCGUCUAUCAUAUAUAUCAUGUUUGGGUAUGAUGACCAAAACCAAUUCACAGUUUGAGAAGGGUCGUAAAGUUAGUAAGCCGCGUGCUUUGCAACCAUCGCAAUUUGGACUUAUAUGCCCGUGUGAUACACCCGAGGGAGAGAGUUGUGGUCUUGUGAAGAACCUUAGUCUUAUGAACCAUGUAACAACAGAUGGUGAUAUUGAGAGAUUGGUUGAAUUGCUAUACUGGUUGGGCGUGGAAUCGGCGGAUUCAUUGUCGGCCCGUGACUCGUUUGACGAUGAUCGUAACAUGACCGUCUUUCUAAAUGGGAUUAUAAUAGGUGUCCACCAGAACGGCAAGGAGCUUAUCCGUAACGUGGUGUCUCUGCGUCGCCGUGGCAAGAUCAGUGCAUUUGUAUCUGUAUUUGAAAACUAUCAGCAACGCGAGGUACACAUAUCGUCUGAUGGCGGUCGUUUGUGCCGGCCGUUGAUAGUUGUCGAGGACGGGCGCCCGUUACUGACACCUCAGAUUUUGCGUCGUCUGGUUGACGGUGAGAUACCGCUUUCUACACUAUUUGCCUCGGGUAUCUUGGAAUGGAUCGAUGUGAAUGAAGAGAACAAUUCAUUGAUAGUUAUGAGGGAGAGUGAUAUAACUAACAAGACAACUCACUUGGAGAUAAGUCCAAUGAGCAUGUUAGGUGUAGUUGCCGGUCUUAUACCGUUCCCCAACCAUAACCAGAGCCCGCGUAAUACAUAUCAAUGUGCCAUGGGUAAACAGUCGAUUGGUAGUAUAGGUUAUAACCAGUUGAACCGCUGUGAUACUAUUUUGCAUUUGAUGGUGUACCCACAGCGUCCCUUAGUGACCACGAAGGCUAUCCAGUUGGUGAAUUUUGAUAAGCUCCCUGCAGGUCAGAACGUGAUCGUUGCCGUUAUGAGUUACCAGGGUUAUGAGAUUGAGGACGCUAUAGUGAUAAACAAGGCGUCUAGUGAGCGUGGUUUCAGCCGUUGUUAUUCACUGCGUCGCGUUACUGUGGAGAUGGAGAAGAUAAACUAUGCAACGGAUCGGCCUGGUUUGGGUCCCUUGAAUAGUGCACAUUCUCAAUUACACGCAGCAGCUCCCGUUGAUGAGUUGACUGGUGACAGCGUGAUCGGUGUGGGUCAAAGGGUGAAGAAGGACGACACGUUGUUGAAGAAGCUUACGCAGUCUUCUACGGGCCAGAUAAAGGUUACUGAUAUCAAGUACCAGUUUAACCAGCCGGCUUACGUAGACCGUGUUAUGUGUAUCACUACAAUAGCUGAGAGUGUGAUGUAUAAGAUAAUGCUGCGUCAAGUAAGGUUACCUGAGAUUGGUGACAAGUACAGCAGUCGUCAUGGUCAAAAGGGUGUUGUGGGUUUGAUUGAGAGUCAGGAGAACUUGCCCUUCAGUGAGCACGGCUGGGUGCCGGAUCUCAUAAUGAACCCUCACGGGUUCCCUUCUCGUAUGACCGUGGGUAAGAUGCUAGAGUUGGUUGCUGCCAAGGCUUCUGUUUUGAAUGGUAUAUUUGAGGAUGGUACCCCUUUUGAGACCGAUUCGUUACCGAGUAUCGAGCGUAGUUUGUUGCGUAAAGGCUACCACCCAGCGGGUAAGGAGAUUUUAUACUCUGGUAUAACCGGGGAGCCUAUCGAGACGUUGAUAUUCACGGGUCCCAUGUACUACCAGAAACUGAAGCACAUGGUAUCUGAUAAGAUCCACGCAAGAUCCGUUGGCCCACGUCAAUCUCUAACUCGCCAACCAACUGAAGGUCGGUCUAAAGAUGGCGGUUUACGUUUAGGUGAGAUGGAGCGUGAUUGUCUGAUAGCGUAUGGAGCUAGUGGUUUAUUAGUUGAGCGUCUUAUGCUGAGUAGUGACGUUUUUCAGAUGGAUGUAUGCCACGUUUGUGGUUUCAUCGGUUACGACGGUUGGUGUGCUUACUGCAAGCAGCGUGGUCAAACUGCCACCGUGUCCAUCCCUUAUGCCUGCAAGUUAUUGUUUCAGGAGCUCCAGGCUAUGAACAUUCGGCCCAAUAUGAUUUUGAAGGAAGGCAUGAGCAGUCAAUAG